CCUCAGCUGACAGUUACCACCGACCGCAUUAGAAGGCUCCGGACCGGCCACCUCCAUCACCAGCGUCACCAUGGGGGCUGUGCUGGGCGUCUUCUCCUUCGCUAGUUGGGUUCCGUGCCUCUGCAGUGGUGCAUCAUGUUUGCUGUGUAGUUGCUGUCCUAACAGUAAGAAUUCCACUGUGACUCGCCUCAUUUAUGCUUUCAUUCUCAUCCUGGGCACCGUUGUGUCCUGUAUCAUGCUGAUGGGGAUGGAAUCCCAGCUGAAGAAGAUUCCUGGAUUCUGUGAAGGGGGAUUUAAAAUCAAGGUGACUGAUACAAAAGCGGAUAAAGAUUGUGACGUGCUGGUUGGUUAUAAAGCUGUAUAUCGGAUCAACUUUGCAUUGGCUGUCUUUUUCUUUGUUUUCUUUCUGCUCAUGUUAAAAGUAAAAACAAGCAAAGGUCCCAGAGCAGCAAUACACAAUGGGUUUUGGUUCUUCAAAAUUGCUGCCAUUGUUGGUAUCAUGGUUGGCUCUUUCUACAUCCCUGGGGGCAAUUUCACUACAGCCUGGUUUAUUGUUGGCAUGAUAGGGGCUGGUUUCUUCAUCCUCAUUCAGCUGGUGCUGUUGAUAGACAUGGCUCACUCUUGGAAUGAAUUAUGGGUAAAUCAAAUGGAAGAAGGAAACCCGAGGUUCUGGUAUGCCGCUUUACUAUCUGUCACAAGCUUGUUUUAUAUCCUGUCAAUCAUCGCUGUUGGGCUGCUGUACACAUACUAUACCAAACCAGAUGGCUGCACAGAAAACAAGUUCUUCAUCAGUAUUAAUCUGAUCCUUUGCGUUGUGGUUUCUAUUAUAUCAAUCCAUCCAAAAAUUCAGGAACACCAGCCUCGUUCUGGCCUUCUGCAGUCCUCUAUCAUCACCCUCUAUACCUUGUACCUCACGUGGUCAGCCAUGUGCAAUGAACCUGAUCGUUCCUGCAACCCUGGCCUGCUAAGCAUCAUUACACACAUUGCUGCACCAACCUUGGCUCCUGGAAAUUCAACUGCCGUGGUUCCUACCUCUACUCCACCAUCAAAGAGUGGGCAGUUUCUGGAAGCGGAGAAUAUUUUAGGGCUAAUAGUAUUUGUUCUCUGUCUUUUGUAUUCUAGCUUCCGCACUUCCAGCAAUAGUCAAGUAAACAAGCUGACCCUGUCAGGGAAUGACAGUGUGAUCCUUGGUGAUACAGCAACCAAUGGUGCCAGUGAUGAAGAAGAUGGACAGCCUCGGCGGGCAGUGGACAAUGAGAAAGAGGGAGUGCAGUACAGCUACUCAUUCUUCCACUUAAUGCUGUGCUUGGCAUCCCUAUACAUCAUGAUGACCCUGACCAACUGGUACAGCCCCGAUGCAGAGUUCCAGAACAUGACCAGCAAGUGGCCAGCUGUGUGGGUCAAGAUCAGCUCCAGCUGGGUCUGCCUCCUCCUUUACGUCUGGACCCUCCUGGCUCCACUGUUCCUCACCAGCCGGGACUUCAGCUGAACCUCUGAGUGCCAAGGAGACCACUGAAAUUCAUAAAGGUCUCUUUUGCUGAAAACCCAUAUCCCUUUUAAGUUUGCUUCAACUAAAAUAUUGAGUGAAUGCUUUGCAAAUUUGAAUAUAUCCAGGUUUAUAUCAGAAGGCAAGAUUGAAUAAUACUUUAUGCAGAAUCUGAA